CUGUUGUGUAUGCGGGAAACGAAUAAAGUUUCUUUAUUUAAAAAAAAAAAAAAAGUCAUCAGUCAGCUGGGCCGCUGCGCUGUGCGCGGAGUGGGUGAGGCGGUGGCGGCGGCGGCUCUGAGAGGGGCGCCGCGCUGUGUGCUGUCCCCUCCUCACUGGGGCUCCCUCCAGACCUUCCCUGGGCUCCAUGUAAUGGUCAGGCUCAGAAAUGCCUUAUGUGGAUCGUCAGAAUCGCAUUUGUGGUUUCUUAGACAUUGAAGAAAAUGAGAAUAGUGGGAAGUUUCUGCGGAGGUACUUUAUCCUGGACACGAAGGAAGACAAUCUGGUAUGGUACAUGGAUAAUCCACAGAACCUUCCCUCUGGCUCUCCACCUGUUGGAGCUAUUAAACUUACCUACAUUUCAAAGGUUAGCGAUGCAACUAAGCUAAGGCCAAAGGCAGAAUUCUGUUUUGUUAUGAACGCGGGGAUGAGAAAGUAUUUUCUACAAGCCAAUGAUCAGCAAGACCUAGUAGAAUGGGUAAAUGUUCUGAACAAAGCUAUCAAAAUCACAGUACCAAAGCAGUCUGAUCUGCUGUGUCAACCUGAUAACCCAAAUCGCCAAGUUGAAAAUCCGGGUGGAAAGAAACAAGUGUCUUACAGAACAGAAAUUGUUGGUGGUGUUCCCAUCAUUACACCUACUCAGAGAGAAGAAUUAAAUGAAUGUGGGGAAGGAGGUGACAGAAAUUACUUGAAACGGUCACAAAGCCACCUUCCUUACUUCAGUGCUAAACCUCCCCCAGACAAUGCUGUUAUCAAAGCUGGCUAUUGUGUUAAACAAGGCGCGGUGAUGAAGAACUGGAAGAGAAGAUACUUUCAGUUAGAUGAAAAUACAAUAGGCUAUUUCAAAUCUGAACAGGAAAAGGAACCUCUCCGGAUCAUACCUCUUAAAGAGGUCCAUAAAGUUCAAGAAUGUAAACAAAGUGAUAUAAUGAUGAGAGACAAUCUCUUUGAAAUUGUAACAACUUCUCGAACCUUUUAUGUACAGGCAAACAGCCCGGAGGACAUGCACAGCUGGAUAAAAGCAAUCUCUGGGGCCAUAGUGGCACAACGGGGACCGGGAAGAUCAGCAGCUUCUGAGCAUUCCAGCUCUUCUUCAGAAUCCAGCUAUGCUUUCUAUUUUGCCAACACCGCAGCCACCUCACAUUCCACAGCCUCUCACAACAACGCUCUGGUCUCAAACCUUAACGCCAAACGCCUUGCCUUGGAGAAGCGAGGAUUUCACGAAUCUUUUACCAAGGCCAAGCCAGGGAACUUCAAGGUCCAGGCUGUCCCUCCAAGAGAACCAGCUUCCAAAGUGACUGUACAGGGCCUAUUGGAACCUCAAAGUAAAAAUGGCACUCAGGAACAGGAUCCUGGCCCAGUGGAUCUGGAUGAUGCAAGCCUUCCAGUCAGUGACGUGUAAUAAUGGAAGUGUUUGGAGAAUGAUCCAUCUGUCUGGUCCUCUAAUUUCCUUGGUCAGACUUGUAGCCAAAGAAGAUUUUAGGAAGAAAGAACAAAGAAAAUGGAACACUGAUUUUACGUAUGUGUGUAUAUACAGAGGUAUGUGUAUACACAGGUACAUGCAUAUAUAAUUAUAUAUAUUUAAAUAAUUAUAUACUGCCUUCAAAUUACGGUCAGAAAUGGCCCUUCUGCUUUUUCUCACAGCCUGAUAAUAAAUCACUUUUAUAAUAGGAAGGGGCCAAACUACAUGAUUGAGAUAUGUACUGCUGCCAGUAAAUAAGGUACCAGCAACUCUGUAUCCUCAAUUUGGCAAACCUAAAAUUACAUUCAAUAUUUUAAUGCUAUACUAUAAAAAAUGUAAUGCCUACAAAUGUGAUUAUUUAGUUUCAUUAUAAACCAGAUUAAGACUUUAUGCAUAUGUGAGAAUUAUCUCUCUCCUCUUUUGAAAAUGUUAUGACUUUUUCAGAUACUGGGAUAUGCACAAAAAGUCUUUUGUUCCUAUCAGAUCAACAUUGUCAGUUGAAAUAUUACCAGACUAAGAAUUCUAAGCAUAUGGUGCUGUAAAAUUCACAUUAGAACAAUUAUGCUAUUUUGAACAUUAAGCCUAUUUUUGAUGCUCUCCUAAAGGUGAAUUGUAAUUUUUUUGCACUUUUGAUUUUAAUGGACCACCUGCAAUGGUGUUUUGGAUGGGGGAGGGAAAUCAGACUACUACAUCUUACACCUUUUGAAGUAAACCAGUUUUAUAUUGCAUUACAUUAAGCUUUGCUGCAAUUACUUUGUAUUAAAUGACUAAACAUAUUGUUUAGGAUUACUUUUUUGAAAGAUUCUUUUUCUUAUCAGUGCUUUGUGAACAGUUCUUGUUUCUAUAUUUGGAUCAGUGAAAGACCUCAUUUAUUUAGUUUGAUGUCAAAACUGGUACUGAACUGUUUAUAGUCAUGCAAUUGUGGCCUGUAAUUUUGGUGCACUAAUAAUCUAUUAAAGUGCCUGUGUUUUUUCUCA